CAACAUGUCGAGGCAGCUUCGAAAGCUAUUGGCGAUACUUUGCUAGGGGCAGGAUUCGAUAUCUUGAAGUCAAAAGCUGGAGACCAACAUCCAGCAGGGCCACCUCAACAUGGUGCUAUGGGACAGGCUGAGAGAGCCUUCUCUGCUGCAUCGACUUUCCUCUCAGGUGUACUGGCCGCUUCACAAUUCAUUGGUGCUCCUUUGAAGCUCAUUGACCCUAAAUUCUACGAUGGGUACAUGGCAUGGACUAAAGAGUCCUUUGCUGUCCUUACUGCGACCAUGACUCAAUGGUGGGCACCUACUGCUGUCAGAGUCACCGGAGACGAGAGUAUGAAGGAUCAGUUGUACCAAAUGGAAGAUGGGAGUCUUCGAUGCAACUUCCCACAUAGGCUUGUCAUGAUGGCCAACCAUCAGAUGCAUGGCCGCAUCUAUAUCAUCUUGAAGGAGUCUCUGAAGAACGUUCCAAUCUUUGGUUGGGGUGCCCAAUUUUACAACUUCAUCUUUCUGUCGCGAAAAUGGGAGACAGAUAAAAGCCGUUUCCAACGGCAUCUGAGCCAACUCAGUGACCCCAAAGAUCCUAUGUGGUUGUUGAUAUUCCCGGAAGGCACAAACUUGAGUGAAACUACUCGUGCAAAGAGUAAGGCCUGGGCAGACAAGCAAGGUAUCAGCGACAUGAAGCAUCAACUGUUGCCUCGCAAAACCGGACUGCAAUUUUGUCUCCAGCGCCUUAAGGAGUCAACAAACUGGUUAUACGACUGCACAAUUGCCUACGAGGGUGUUCCGACAGAGNAAGGUCAGUUCGGACAGGACAUAUUCACACUUCGCUCUUCCUUCUUCGAGGGCCGUCCACCAAAGUCCGUGAACAUGUACUGGAGACGGUUCAAGAUCAGUGAUAUCCCAAUCGACAACGACGAAGCCUUUGAGAGAUGGCUCAAGAAUCGCUGGACCGAGAAAGACUACCUGCUGGAACACUUCUACCGCCAUGGUUCAUUCCCCGCCGGAUGCCCGAUCAAAGCCAUGCAGGCCGAAGCUGCACUUCAAAAACUUGCAAAUGGCAACGGUCAUGGAGACAAGAAAGUCAUCAAACCUGUCAACAAAACUGCCAAGUUCAUCACUACCGAAGUCAAGGCAGGUGGAUGGGAAGAGUUCCUUGCUAUCUUUGCUCCCAUCACUGCUGCUGCAACGGCACUUUCGAGCGGAGACAUAGCACCUGGAAACAUUGACUUCGACGCGCUACUGAACAAGGUGGCUCAACAGCAGCAAUUGAAUCUGCUGACAGCAGGAAAGGCAUCAAAGGCGCCAAAGUCGACUGAGGACAUGCGACAGGCUCUGACUUAUGCCUCGAAAUCAGCGGGUGGUCCACCAAUAAAAGGAUCUGCUAUAGAGAAGAUCACAAGAGACGCUGCUCGGACUCAGAGAGAGAUUGAAGAAGCUAUGCGAAAGCAUCCUCUUCCGGAAGGAACAGAGAAGCUAACAGCUGGACGGAACCUCGACCCUAAGCUGAAGAAGACAAUCGAUAAUGCACACGAAGAGACACGACAGCGAUUGAUGCGAGCUACGCAGACGACAUCCUCAAAGCCUGCGCCAAACCUUCGCAAGUCGCUACCAAUGACACCGGCGGAGACUGCCAUCACACGACCUCUAUCGACACUAGCAAUGCAAAAGGCCAAACAAGGUGUACAGAAAAUAGCCGAGAACAAGCAGAAGCAACAGGCAACCCCUACCACGAGUAAGGCAGGAAGUUCAGCUCCAUCAGCAGCAACAAAGCGGCCAGCUCAAGCAUCGAGUGCUAGCAAGAAACCGGGCGUGCCUAAUGGCACUGCGACAAGUAGCAAGACUGCUGGUGCCAAAGCUCCACAGAAGGCAGCAGCUAAAUCAGCACCUGUUCAGACAAAGAAGGCUACAACA